AUGCUGUUCAUAGGUAGAUCACAAGAAACGGAAACCAUGAAACGUGAUUGGAAAAAGCAAGAUGAGAUAAAAAUUCUAAUGGAUCGGUGCAGAACAUUGGUUGUUUUAUCGAGUUUGGUAUGUACUUUUGCAGCUGUUAUCUCAUUACACAAGAUUCUGAGCCAAGAUGUCAAAUUUGUAAAACCGUUUUCUCCUCUACCUGCUGGCUUAUAUGGGAACCACUUAGAGCCAUUUGUUGGAGAACCUCCUCCUCCUGCUAAGCCUUACCACCAAGCGCAUAAUGCAGAAGCAGUAGGAUCCCUUAAUGCUGCACUAGAGAUGAAAAAACACGGAAAACCAGAUAAAGCGCUAAAAUUAUUUCAACACGCGUUUGCACUGUCUCCUAAACAUCCAGACAUUCUUAACCAUUAUGGAGAGUUUCUAGAAGACACAAAAAAGGAUAUUGUUAGAGCAGAUCAGCUGUACACAUUAGCUUUAUCAAAUUCCCCUGAACACAGUGGAGCUUUAACAAACCGUCAACGGACUGCUAGUAUAGUAGAAAAUCUUGAUCGCGAAAUGUUACGAAAGAUUGACGAAAAACGAGAGGCUUUGUUAUCUAUACCAGAGAAUGACUCCGCUUUGCGAAGAGCUAAGAAGGAAGCAUACUUCCAGCAUAUAUAUCACACUGUUGGUAUUGAGGGCAAUACAAUGACUUUGUCCCAAACAAGAAGUAUUUUAGAGACAAGAAUAGCUGUUGCGGGAAAGAGCAUAGAUGAACACAAUGAGAUUUUAGGUUUAGAUGCAGCUAUGAAGUACAUAAAUGACACAUUGUUGUACCGUUUACGGGAUAUAACUAUGGGCGACAUUUUGGAGAUUCAUAAAAGAGUCUUGGGGCAUGUAGAUCCAGUUGAAGGGGGCCAUUUCAGACGUACACAAGUUUAUGUCGGAGGACAUAUUCCACCAGGCCCAUCAGAUAUACAAAAUUUAAUGACUCAAUUCUUAGAAUGGUUGAAUUCAGAAGAUGCUAUGGAGUUGCAUCCUGUUAGAUAUGCAGCAUUAGCACACUACAAACUUGUUCACAUCCACCCAUUUAUUGAUGGCAAUGGAAGAACCUCUCGCCUCCUCAUGAACCUUCUCUUGAUGCAAGCUGGGUAUCCACCAGUGAUAAUUGCAAAGCAGCAUCGCCACUUAUACUACCAACAUUUGCAGACAGCUAAUGAGGGAGACGUCAGACCUUUUGUUAGAUUCAUAGCACAAUGUACUGAACGGACAUUAAACUUAUACCUGUGGGCGACCAGCGAGUAUAGUCAUAUGGUACCUGCGAUUGGAGAACCACAAAUUCUCACUGGUGAGGGAUUUGAAGAUCUGCUCUAG